GCGCGCGCGUGCACGGCUGGGGCGCGAUGAUCUCACUCGUGCGUGUGCGCGCAGCGAGCGCGUUCGCCGGUGCCGCUGAUGAGCUCAGAGUUGCGCGGUGAUGUCAGCUUCGCUGUCACCGCUGCGCCUCCCUCGGAAUGCGUGCACCCAUUCGGGGAUCCUGACGCCCGUUUACACGCGCCACUCAGGGGCGGGCAGAGCUGCUUGAACCCGUCCCUUCUGGCCCCGGGACCCGACCCUCCCGUCUGGUGUUCGUGCAGCGCUCUCUGCCCUGCGGAUUCCGCGCCGAGAGGCUGGGACUGGUCGGCGCAGCAGCUCCAGAGGUCGAGCUGGGCUGAGAGUGCGGGCCGGCCAAGGCCGGCGGGGACACGACCGGGGAUAUGCUGGGCAAGGAUUACAUGUUGGCCAUCAUUCUGGUCAACUGUGACGAUGAUUUGUGGGGGGACCAGAACCUGGAGGGGGAGGCAGGCCUGCCCCCUGGCUGGAGGAAGAUUCGCGAUGCUGCUGGUACUUACUACUGGCACGUACCCAGCGGUAGGACCCAGUGGCAGCGUCCAACUUGGGAACCAGGAGCUGCAGAGGACCCAGGCAUGAGGACUGAGGGGAUUUGGGGACUUCGGCCUCCCAAGGGGAGAUCUUUCUCCAGCCUGGAGAGUUCCCUGGACCGAAGUAACUCUCUGACCUGGUAUGGCGAGGAAUCCUACGCCCAGAACUUGGAGCCAGGAGCUAAGUGCUUUGCAGUUCGCUCUCUGGGCUGGGUUGAGGUACCCGAAGAGGACCUGGUACCAGGAAAGAGCAGCAUCGCAGUCAAUAACUGUAUCCAGCAACUGGCCCAGACUGGCAGCCGGACCCAGCCUCCAGAUGGUGCCUGGGGUGAGGGCCAGAAUAUGCUGAUGAUCCUGAAGAAAGACGCCAUGAGCCUGGUGAACCCCCUGGACCACAGUCUGAUCCAUUGUCAGCCUCUGGUGCACAUCCGGGUGUGGGGUGUGGGCAGCUCCAAAGGCCGGGACUUUGCUUUUGUGGCGGGCGACAAAGACAGCUGUAUGCUCAAGUGUCAUGUGUUUCGCUGUGACGUCCCUGCCAAGGCCAUUGCCAGUGCCCUGCAUGGGCUCUGUGCCCAGAUCUUGUCCGAGAGAGUCGGGGCCAGUGGUAGUUCUUCUGGAUGCUCCCUAGACCCCAUCUCCCCAGAAGACCUGCCACGGCAAGUGGAACUGCUGGAUGCAGUGAGCCAGGCAGCUCAGAAGUACGAGGCGCUCUAUAUGGGAACCCUGCCAGUCCCCAAAGCCAUGGGCAUGGAUGUGCUGAACGAGGCCAUUGGUACUCUCACCAUGCGGGGGGACCGGGAUACCUGGGUCCCCACCAUGCUCAGUGUGUCCGACUCUCUCAUGACUGCACAUCCUAUUCAGGGCCGACCUUCCGGUGAUGAGGCCGGGUGUGGACAGGCUGAGGCUGGUGCGGAGGAGGAGCCACUGUGGCAGUGUCCUGUGCGCCUUGUGACCUUUAUUGGUGUCGGUCGUGACCCACACACCUUUGGCCUCAUUGCCGACCUGGGCCGCCAGAGCUUCCAGUGUGCAGCCUUCUGGUGCCAGCCCCACGCAGGGAGACUCUCGGAGGCGGUGCAGGCUGCCUGCAUGGUGCAAUACCAGAAGUGUCUUGUGGCCUCUGCAACUCGAGGCAAGGCCUGGGGUGCCCAGGCCCGUGCCCGCCUUCGGCUCAAGCGGACCAGCUCUGUGGAUACCCCAGGUCCCCUGCCCCUCCCUCUGCUCAAAGGAGGGGUUGGGGGUGCAGGGGCAGCCCCUCGCAAGCGGGGAGUCUUCUCUUUUCUUGAUGCCUUCCGGCUGAAACCGUCUUUGCUCCAUAUGUCCUAAGUUGAGGAUUGGAGAAGAGGCUCUGGACCCGUGUCCGGCUUUACCCCAACAUUCCCCAGGGCCUAUGGCCUCUCAGUCCUUUGGUGGCCUCUCCUUUGGCACUCUCUUUACCUGUCCCUCAGACCCUUGCCCACCCUCUAUUUAUUGCUGUAUUUAUUGUUUAUAGGAUGGCUGAGAGGCCCAACACCACACCUAGGCCCCUGGCUUCUCUUCCGCUGGGCCCCUGUAUUCCUUGCCCCUGUUCAGCUCUGGACAGUUGGCUCUACCUCAGCAACACUUUAUAGCAAAAUGAGUACAAAUAAAAAUCCCUCAGUGACCUCA